AUGAUGAGCGAGUUCAAACGAGAUUAUACCCCAGUUGGUAAGGGCACAAACGUGUCUGAAUCCAACCCUGGUUCGUAUCGGGUGCAAGCCCUGGUCGCCAGUGGCAGCCCCUCGGAUUCUGGGGAGGGCAAGAACCGCGAAGUUGUGGGCGUUGGUAGAGGAGCGCGUAGUGAAAGGGGAGGUAAGAACGGGCCCGGGCUGGGGAAGUCUCAGCUUCCUUUUCCUCGGGUUAUUGUCCAGAGGGGGCAGGGAGGAAAGGUGGGUCUGUUGGAGAUGCAGAGGUUGGAGCGGGAGAGGGAGAGGGCACUGAGGGAGCGGAGACCUAGAAGUGGGGAAACGCCCGCUAAGCUCGAUUCGACUGCCAUCCGGAGCAGGUCUGACUCCGGGAAGGAGGUCUCCUCGAACCAAUUUUCCUCGAUGGAAUACAUCGAGGCGAGUGGCAAGAGGACGAUCCCUCCUUCGGAUCUGCUUCUCCCGGACUGGCAUAAGAACAAAAAGGGCCGUACUAGCGGAGACAAGGGGACGCAGGAGGAUGGUGAAGCAGCUGGAAAAAGUGAGACAGGAGAAGGAAAGGAUGAAGACUCCACAGUCAUUGAAAAGGGAGGGGAAGACAGUAGUGAAGAGGAAGUGGAGGAGGAGGUUGUGGAAAAUAAGGGGGGAGAUGGAAAUCAAGAUAAGAUUUAUAGUGAAGAUCGAAGGGUGCAGCAGGUAAUGUUGGCGAAUGCAAGGAGAAAGGAGGAGAGGAUGAGAAGUAGGGAGUUGGAGCUGGCGGAAAGGGAGGUGGACUAUCUUGCGAGUAUGCACGACAUCUCGCAGGAUCUUGUACACCACAUGGCCCUUGAGACCUCUAAGAUCCCUAAAAUGGCUGCGGCACAGGUGAGCGUGAGGGUGAGUGCCCUGCAGAAGCUUGUGUCCGGCCUCGUUGCGGAAAACUGCGCCCUGAAAGCGAGACUGGAGGAGAAGGAAAGGGUCGAGGAGCAGUUAUGGGCCCAGAUGAAGGAGGUGUGCUCGCGAGGGGAGGUCGUUGUGAAUCAGCCAGAACCCCGCGUGCAAGAGGAGGAGGAAAGGACCCCAGUGAAAAGGAGUUUUGCGGUCGUGGUGAGAGGAAAGGGCCUGAAGGAGGGAAAGGACGUUCAGAGUAAACUGGAACGUGUGGAGAAGGGCAUGGGCUUCAAGGUCAAAGGAGUAAGGAGCUUGAAAGAGGGUAGGGUGCUGGUGGAACUAGCGGAUGAGGCGGAGAGAAAGAGUAUGCUUGAGGACCGGCGUCUCAGAGAGGCGGGCUUGAGAGUGGAGAAGCCGAAAACUUUUUCACCGCUCGUCCUUAUCCGCGCCGUGCCGAAAGGCAUGAAAGAUGAUAAGCUGCUGGAUGAGGUGUACAUUCGGAACCUGAAGGAAGAGGUUGAUGCGGAAGAGAUGGAAAGAACAAUGAGGGUGAAGUUUAGGAUAGGGGCAAGAUCCAGGGAGAAGGAAGGAGUUGUGCUGGAGGUGUCGCCGAGGAUUCGGCAGGCACUUCUGGGAACGGGCAGCGAGGCUCGGCUGUACAUCGGGAUGAGGGUGUAUUUUGUGGAGGCGUUCGAAAGGGUCUCGCGUUGCUUCGGUUGCUACGGUUUUAACCACCGGGCAGCCGAAUGCAAGAGGGGCAAACUCUGCAGCAGGUGUUGCAAAGAAGGACACCUGGCUGCAGAUUGCCGCGAGCAGGAGGAGUGCGGGAACUGCAGGGAGAAGAGGAAGGACUGUAGGCACUCCGUGCUCUCACGGACCUGUCCAGAAAUGCUGCUGCGCCUAGAAAGAUGGAAGGAGAGGGUGAAGGAAUGA